GGCUACAAAAAACUACUAAAAGAGAGAGAUAUCUCGUGUAGUAGGCCUAAGAGAAAUACCGGCAUGCGACGGAUUCUCUACAUGAAUGCUGCGACACUGAUCUGUUUAGAGUCUGUCCAAGGGUCCCGACCCGAUGGGGCCAUGGCCAACCAUUCUCUUCCUUUAUGUUAAUUGACGUCUCCAUUCUCCAUAAAGCGCGUGCGCUGCACAUCUCCUCCUCUCCUUCUUCCAUUUUUAUGGUUCUCACUUUCUCAGUUUUACACCGCUAUCGUUUCUCCGUAGGCAACACCUUCUCUUUUUUCAGCUCUUCCGACUAUCAGUGAUCUAGGGCUAGGUUUCAUACAAAGAGAAGUUUCUUGAAAAAAGUGUUCGAAAGAUCUUCAUGGCAGAUGCUACUGACCCAUUUCCCGACUUGGGGAGUGUGUACAAAAUUUCCAGUCGCCAAGUUAAUCAACUAAGUCAGAAUGUGGCUGACAUCAAGCUAGCUUCUGCACUGGUUGGUGACAAGGAGAACUCAUUGGAAUCCAAAAACAGAGUUGCCGUAAAUUCUGGGUUUCCUCAAGAUUCUACUCCUAAUGUUUGGGGACAUCCAAAUGUGAUUCAGAAACUUAGAAUGCAAGGUAAUAGUGCUUCAGAAAAGGCUACUUACCAUGCCUGGCAGACUCAAAAUGCUGUUUCUUGGAAUUCCUUUGGACGUGGAAGUGCAUGGAACCAACAAGGUGAUGGAACAAGGGGAAACAGUUGUAUAAAAUCUCCAUGUUCAGAGCAUGGAAGGAAUGACCGUGCUCAAGUUGGUGAUAAUUUAGAUGGUGCGAUUGGAGUUAAUGAAUAUGAUGAUGACUGUAAUAUUGUUUACGAUAGUGAUGAUCUCAACGACUAUGUUUCUGAUUCGGAUGAAAAUGAGAAGAGCCAUGAAGCACGCAAGAAGAACAAGUGGUUCAAUGCAUUUUUUGAAAGUUUAGAGAAACUGACUGUUGAGGAGAUUAUAUCACCAGUUCAGCGGUGGCACUGCCCAGCGUGUCAAGGUGGGCCAGGAGCCAUCAACUGGUAUCGAGGCGUGCAACCCCUAAUGACUCAUGCCAUGACUAAAACAACACGGAGAGCUAAGAUGCAUCGAGUAUUUGCAGAACUUUUGGUUGAGGAGAUGCGCAGGAGAGGAACUUUAAUCAAAUCAGUCAGUGAUGCCUUUGGCAGAUGGGAAGGGCUCAAUGAUAGAGUUGCAGAUCAUGAAAUAAUUUGGCCUCCUAUGGUUAUCAUUAUGAAUACAUUAUAUGAACAGGAUGAUAACGGCAAGUGGACUGGAAUGGGAAAUCAAGAGCUUCUCAAUUACUUCAGCUCAUAUGCUGCUGUAAAAGCGAGACACUCAUACGGUCCACAAGGGCACCGGGGGAUGAGUGUUUUGAUCUUUGAGAGCUCAGCAGCAGGGUAUUUAGAGGCUGCACGCCUGCAUAAGCAUUUUAAAGAGCAAGGGAGGGAUAGGGAUGCCUGGGAUUGUUCACGGGUUCCAUUCUGUCCUGGUGGCAAGCGCCAACUCUAUGGCUAUAUUGCUAUGAAAGGAGACUUGGAUAUAUUUAACCAACACUCUCAAGGAAAGUCCAAGCUGAAAUUUGAGACGAGAUCAUACCAAGAGAUGGUUGAGAGUCAGAUAAAGAAGAUAAAUGAUGAUAGUCAGCAGCUUACCCGACUUAAAAAGAAGGUUGCUCAAGAGCAGCAGAACUCACAAGUGCUUGUGGAGUCUCUAGGUCGACUGAGUGAGAAACUCCGUCAGGCAACAGAGGAAAAUUCUAUUGUGAGGCCGCAAACUAGAUUGCAGCAUGAGCAGAACAAAAAAGAGUUGGGUGCCAAAGAACAACAUUUUAAGGAGAAAAUCAACAUUAUUUACCAAGCUAUAGACUCUAAGGAAGAUAAUUUUGAGAAGCAGCAGAGGGCAGCAAGGGAGAGGAUGAAGCAGUCAGAUGCAAAUCUGACAAAUAAUGAAGAUGAGUACAGUGCUACUGAGAUGGAGGAAAAGACGAGGUCCAUAAUAAUCCAGGAGAAAAGGAUGGAGGAAUUCGAUACAGAGAGAGAGAAGCUGAUGAAAAGUCAUCAAGACAGAAGGUUGGCAAUCACACAAAGGUACUGGGAGAAGCUGAUUGAGCUUGAGAAAGGAUUCGAAAAAGAAUUGACCCUGCUCAUGGAAAAGUACACCCCAGAUUGCCUUGAUGAAGAGACCACUAACAGCCUUAAAGAAUAAGGCAAAAGAGGAGCAAGAGAGAAAAAGGUAAAUAUACACUCCAGAUUGCCUUGAUGAACAUAGUCUUGCUUCGAAGGUAAAUAUACCAGUUUUGUUACCUAAGAUAUUUCAAUUUUGGACAUAGAGAGAAAAAGGUGGAGAAAUGAACACUGGGAUGGUGCAACUUCAAGUUCUUUUACAUUUCUGAGGAUUCUUUUCUGUAUCAGCUGUUUGUCAGUGACAAACUUGACUCAAAUCUUUGUUCAUAUGUUGAUAUAAUUUUGUGGCAUAUAUUUUACAUGAUUGGAUGUAUA